AUGGCCCCCAGACCUGUCUUUGUCGCUACUCACCCGCGAGCAUGCUCGACGGCUUUUGAGAGGGUCUUCAUGACCCGCCGUAAAGAACUCGAGUGCUCUCACGAGCCCUUUGCAGAUGCCUUUUACCUUGGCCCGGAGCUCAUGAGCGAGCGAUUCAGCGACAUGAGCGCCGACCGCAGCUCCUUGGGAUUGGCCACUGACGACACAUAUCAAACCGUGCUGGAUCGGUUUAACGAUGUGAAGGGAAAACGCCUCCUCAUCAAGGACAUGGCCUACUACAUCAUGCAGCCUGACGACAAGCCAACCAGCAUCGCGCCAUCGGUCAGCUCCCGUAAGGAACCCAACAACCCGACCGUGCUGCCCCUUGAAGAACUGUCCAAGUUCCACUUCACCUUCCUCAUCCGCCACCCACGCCGCGCCAUUCCCUCCUACUGGCGCUGCUGUCUCCCCCCCCUCUCCGAUCGCAACGGAUUUCCCUACUUCCUCCCCAACGAGGCUGGCUACAAGGAGCUCGUCCGCCUAUUUGACUUUCUGCUCGAGAACAACAUCACCGACAAGGAACACCUGACCGUCAUCGACGCCGAUGACCUCCUUGACAGCCCGGAACCGACUAUUCGCCAAUUCUGCGAGCAGACUGGUAUCGACUUCAAUCCUGACAUGCUCGUGUGGUCUGAAGAGGACACCAAGCACGCCCGCGAAAAGUUUGCCAAGUUUGACGGCUUCCACGACGACUGCCUCAAUACCUCACGCCUCCACGCCAGAACCCACAAGCAGAAAACCUCAACGGUCGAGUCUGAAGACGCUGAAUGGCUUCACAAGUUUGGCCCUGAGGCGCAAAAGAUUAUCCGCCAAACUGUCAAUGACAAUAUUCCUGACUAUGAGUAUCUGAAGCAAUUUACCAAGCCGGUUGCCACGGCUUGA